AUGCAGUUUUUCAGCGUCUUCGUCACCCUUCUGCUCUCGACGGCGGUGGUAGCCAAGGGCAAAGGCAACUCAACCAAACCCGUGACUGAGAAGUCCCUUUGCAAAGAAAUGAACUUCUUGAACAACAUUGUCAAGCUCGCCGCAAACGAGACCAAACUAGCCGAAAAGACCAAGAACAACGCCACAAAGAUCGCCAAUGUCCAGGCCAAGGCGUCGGAGGCAUCUACCAAGUUGGCAACAAUGUCAUCAAAUGCCACGCUUGUAUCUUCUUGCGCCGUUAUCAAUGCUGCACAGAAGACCAAGGGGGAAUGCAAGCAAAUGAAGUCUCUGAACAAGCUCAUCAACUUAGCCAACAAUGCGACUGCCCUUGCAAGCAAAACCAAGAACAACGCUACCAAAAUGGCUGCUUUCCAGGCUAAAGCUUCUUCUGCUCAGACAAAGCUAGAUGCUCUGAUGAGCAACACUACGCUCAUGGGUAUCUGCGCGUCUACCAAGACUUCCAAGAACACCAACAACCAGGCUGCCUCUGCUUCGGCAUCUCCUACUGCUGGUGCUUCGGCAAAUGGUCUCGCUACAACGAGCGGUGCUAGCCGGGAGAUGGGUUUCGGUGCUGGGUUAAUCUCAACCUUCGCCAUUGUUGCUGUGGGAAUGAUGAUGUUGUAA